ACUUGCACAUGCGAAAAUGACAAGUAUAUUUGGAUGGGUUUAUGAACAGUAUUAUAUUUAAUAUUGUGAGUCUCUGUAAAGUGACUUUUGCUUUGGAUAAAGAACUGAAUUACAGACAUCUGAGAAAUAAUGAGUUUUGAUUUACCAUCAGUUAUUCCACAACCUACUGCCAAUGGCCAGUUUAACAUUCGCGAUGACAGCUAUGGUGUGCCUAGUCCUAUGAUUUCUGGACUAGGUGCAGUAAGACAAAACAUAGGUUAUUCUCAUCCCUUAGAAGCAUCUGAAAGAAAUUAUGAAAAAAAUCGCACACGUAUGAACAUGAUACUGCUUAGAAACACACAAGGAUUGCAUGCUCCAAUGCGUAUGGCAAUGGAAUUAAAAGCUACUGAAAAAAUUGGAAGACUUCCAUUUCUUCCAUCUUCAAAUAUGAUGAGAGAUGUUUUACUUGGAAAAGAUGAGGAAAUAGGGUUUGAAGACAUAUUAAAUAUACCUGACUUCAGAGAACAGAUGGGUCAACCUCAUGCUGUUGUUGAGAAAAGUCUUGGAAUCUUAUAAAUAAUAAACUAUUUGUUUAUAACAUGUAAGAUACUGGUUUUGUAUUAUUGAAUACCUUAAAUAAAAAUAAAUAUUUAACUCCUA